AACCUGCAGAGCGCGUGGCGUCGUCCACGCUGUGUUUCACGCUAGCUUCAAGUUCAGUGGCCCGGCGAGGUUAGCCCCGGGUAGAUCUUGGUCGGGGAAGACGCGGACGGCUGCGUCUUGAAGGAGUUUAGAAUGUAACAAGGAAAGCAGAGGUGCUGAAAGAGGGCCACGUCGAUUCCAGCCCCCUUGGGCCCGCAGCAACCGGGAGCUGCGCAACCCCUACGAUGUUUGGACCUCGUGGCUCUCCGUCUGCGCCGGGGCGCCUUCACUUUCCCGCUCUUUCCUGCUGGUUUGGGAGGAGCCAAGAGUGCCGCGCAGGCGCACAGAGCCUAAGUCCCUAAGUCGCAGCUAUGGACGAGGAAGGCGGCGCCGAGGAGGCCUGCAGGUACAUGGAAACUAAAGAUGAAUUUGUUAAAGUCAGAAAGAAGUACCUUGAACGGCUGACAACUGAAGUGAUGCAAAUACGGGACUUCUUGCCCAGAAUACUAAAUGGAGACACGCUGGAAAGCUUCCAGAAAUUAACAAACGUAGAAAAGAGCCUGGAAAGGAAGGAGCAAGAAGUAGAACAGCUGAAAUUGGACUGUGAGCACUUCAAAGCCCGCCUGGAAACUCUGCAGGCUGACAGCGGGAGGGAGAAGAAGGAGAAGUUGGCUCUUCGGCAGCAACUGAAUGAGGCGAAGCAACAGCUCCUGCAGCAGGCAGAGUAUUGUACAGAGAUGGGAGCGGCCACUUGCACCCUGCUGUGGGGUGUCUCCAGUAGCGAGGAAGUCGUCAAAGCCAUUCUAGGAGGAGACAAAGCACUGAAGUUUUUCAACAUCACUGGACAGACAAUGGAGAGUUUUGUGAAGUCACUGGAUGAGGAUGUCAAAGAGGUUGACUCCAGUGAAAGCCAGUUUGUGUUUGCACUGGCUGGAAUUGUAACAAAUGUUGCUGCCAUUGCCUGUGGCCGUGAGUUUCUAGUCAGUUCCAGUCGGGUACUCUUGGACACCAUGUUGCAGCUGCUGGGGGACUUGAAGCCUGGACAGUGCACCAAACUCAAAGUGCUAAUGCUGAUGUCCCUGUACAACGUGAGCAUCAAUUUGAAAGGCUUGAAAUACAUCAGCGAGAGUCCAGGAUUUGUCCCGUUGCUGUGGUGGCUUUUGAGUGAUCCAGAUGCAGAGGUGUGUCUUCACGCAUUGCGGCUCGUACAGUCUGUUGUUCUAGAACCAGAAGUCUUCUCCAAAUUGGCCUCUGAGUUCCGGAGCUCCCUGCCCACGCAGCGCAUCUUGGCCAUGUCCAAAAGCCGCAACUCGCAGCUGCAGACUGCCGCCCGGGAGCUCCUGGAAGACCUCCGUGCCCUGCAGUGCGGCGUGUAGGGCUGCUCAGCUGCCAGGGGCCAGAAAAGACUUCCUCUGGAGAGUGGCCUCAUGUGAGCUGGCUGAGAGGCUUUCUCGGAGGAGCUGCUUGCUGCCUUGGACGCUGCCCCAGCCUGUAGGUCCAUCCUGAGGAUGGGAGAGAAAAUUGCCAUCUACCUCAUGUCAGGGUUUCCCUGACACAUUUCUGUUAAAACCAAAUUCUCGGGCUGGACAGAUGGCUUAGCAGUUAAGGCGCUUGUCUGUAAAGCCUAAGGACCCAGGUUUGAUUCUCCAGGUCCCACGUAAAUCAGAUGCACAUGGUGGCACAUGCAUCUGGACUCUGUUUGCAGUGGUUAGAGUCCCUAGUGUGCCCAUUCUCUCUCUUUUAUCCCUCUUUCUGUCUCUAAUAAAUACAUAAUAAAUAUUAAACACACACACAAACAACAAAUUCUCUGUGUAGUAAUUAUAAUUAACCUCCCACAUACAGGCUGACUUUUAUAACCUUUUUGUUUGUUUGUUUCUGAGGUUAAGUCUCACUCUCUAGCCCAGGCUGACCUGGAACUCACUCUGUAGUCCCAGGCUGGCCUCAAACUCACAGUGAUCUCCUUCCUCUGCCUCCCUAGCAUUGGGAUUAUAGGUGUGUACCACCACGCCCAGCCAACUUUUUAUGACCUUUUGAGCCUGUUAUUUCAGGUGGCAUUGUACAUUUAAUUAUAUUUUGUACUUUUAUUUAUAAAUAAAGUCAGAAGUGUCAGUAUAUUUUGCUACAUUCUGAAAUAUAAACUUGAGCUUUGAAAGUUGGUA